AUGAGCGAAAGUGAUGUUGAUACUGCUGAAGUAAUUGAGCAAACCUUGACUGUGCAAGUUGACGGUGAUGUAGCUCCUGUGACUAGUGAAAACCAGCUGACUAAACAAGCGGAAAACAAUGAAACUGCUGUAGAAAAAUCAAGACGCGGUGCUCCUGUUCACUCUGUUUGGGGUUAUGCUUUUACCAACUCCAAUGUGCACUCCCAUUCAAUGCCAAACAAUGCAGUGUGUAAGCACUGUAAACAAUCAGUCCGGCACCAUCACAAAACCUUGGCUGUGAAAAAUCAUUUGAAGAACUGCAAGCCGUUCAAGAGGAUUAUGUUGAAUACUGCUGUGGUUGAUCGGCCUGACUGGUGGAUGUCAAAAAAUGGUAAAAAAUCAAAAGAUGUCACUUCGUCUCAGUCCACUUCAUCAAGCAAGGGUAGUAGCGAAAUUUACUCCCAACCAUCAGCAAGAUCAUUUGCAGUGCCUCUGUUCAAAGCAUCUGAACAGAAAAAAUUUAACUAUGAAAUGGCCAUGCAUUUUUAUAACACAGGGACAAGCUUUCAGAGAGUCGACGACCCAUUUCUUCUGCGGGCAAUCCAAAUAGCACGACCUGGUGCUAAACUACCGACGCGUAAACAGCUGGCAGACGAUAGUCCUGGGGGCCUCCUUGAAGAGUGUUAUGGAAAGGUUAAGUCUCAAGUGGAUAAGCAGUUGUCAGGUGACAGCAACUAUGUCUGCAUUACAUCCAAUGCAUGGUCAAAUAUAUCCAAUGAACCAGUCGUCAAUUAUAUGGCUGUGUCUCCUAACAACUCCUUGUUUUUGGAAGCAGUUAACACUGAGGAGCAGGGACACGACGCCGACUGGCUUUCCAAAGAUUUAAUUCGAGUGAUAGACAGUCUGCAUAACAAUGUUGUUGGUGCUGUCACAGACAACACUGCGACAAACAAGAAGGUGUGGUGUGAGUUGGAACAGAAAUACCCUUCACUGUUCUUUCAUGGAUGUGCUUCACAUGGCCUUAAUCUCUUAGUGAAAGAUAUUUUUGCCGGUAAGAAGGCAGAAUUAUCUGGUGGUGGUCCUGAUCAUGAUCCAGCAAGUUACCCGUUUGAAGACUUACAGCUCUUCUCUAUCGAUUGCAAAGAUAUCGUCACAUUUUUUCACAACCACCAUGCUCCUAAAGCCAAGCUGAAGAAAGCCCUUGCUACGGCAAAGUUGAGGGCCCUGGUCCAACCAACACCAACACGUUGGGGUACCUUAAUUGGGUGCUUUAAAUCUCUGCGAGCUGCAGACAGCAUCCUGAAUGGUCUUGUGUCUGAGCGAGAUUUCGUUACUGCCGGCGGUGCCAAACAGAAGGAAAAACGGCUAGCAAUCCGAGCAGUCAUAAUGGAUCCUGAUUUUGUUAAGAAGCUUGAUGAAUGUAUUCGUAUCUUGGAGCCCAUUGAGAUGUAUAUUAAAUUGUUUCAAGGUGAUGCAGUCCCGUGCUCUGAUGUAUACAAAGCCUUUCUGGUCUUGGAAGAAAAGAUGCGCAACAUGAGUAAUAUUAGUUCGGAGAAGAAAGAAUACCUCGCUAAGCUGGUGCAUAACAGGUUCAACUUCAUGUACGGGGAUGCACAUGGUGUAAGCUACCUGUUAGACCCUCGUUACUUGGGCGAUGAUAUGACACGGAGAUUGCGCAAUGAGAUAGACGAUUUCAUCUACAACUUUCUAAAGAAUGACGGGACAACCAACAAGGAAAGACAGGAGCAACUGGCCCGGGAAUAUACAGCUUUCCGAAUUGAGGCACUGAGAGAACGACGGGAGAACACGUUCCGCUUCAGACUCAUUGGCCAAUCUAAAUCAGUUCUUCAGUGGUGGAAGGCUGAUGGCACUGAUUGGCCAUUAUUGCAAGAUUUGGCCACACGUGUAUUUUCCAUGGCAGCAUCAAGUGCUGCAAGCGAACGUAGCUUUUCCACCUUUGGUUUCAUUCAUACCAAACUACGCAACCGUUUGGGCCCAGAAAAAGUUAAGAAACUAGUUUACAUCAAGACAAACACUGCACAAAUCAGUGGCACCGACUUAUUUGACUAUGACAGUGACUGUAGCAUCGAUUUCAGUAUGGAUGUUUCCAUUCUCGAAGAUGUAACAGCAUAA